AUGCCACCACUUGUGAUGCCGACUAUCGAGGAAAAUACGUCUUUUGUGUCUGAACCCCCUGCAAUGCUGACCACCGAGGAGAAUCAACCCCCGAUGCAACACGAAAACCCAACUCCAAGGCAACGAUUCAAGGGCCACGAAAAUCAAAUUUUGGAUUUCGUCUUCCUGCAUGACAAUGUCCACAUCGUGAGUGGAUCGUUGGACGGCAGGAUGCACAAGUGGAACUGUGACACAGGACGUCUUGUUGGGAACCCAUGGUCAAGUGAGGGCGGAGUAAUACAUGCGCUGGCACUUUCACCGGACGGGAGGACGAUUGCAUGCGGGAGGGACGACGGAAGCGUUCAACGCUGGAACACUGAGGGAGAGAUGAUUGAAGGCAUUUGGACAGGUCACAAGGAGCUGGUACGGUCACUGUCGUGGUCUCCCAACGGAGACCAUAUUGCAAGCGGAUCCGAGGACGGAACAAUCCUUAUUCGAAAAGCACUUGAAAGUGGAGAAAUCGAGGUGGGCCCGAUCGAAACAAAGCAGGAUGGUGUACUUGCACUUGCAUAUUCACCUUCAGGCGACAAAAUCGUAUCAGGCGGGAAGAAUCAGACGAUUUGCAUUAGGGACUCAAAGACAGGCGAGCUCGUCGUCGAGCCCAUCAGAGACCUUGGGCACUAUGUGUGGUCUGUGGUAUGGUCGUUAGACGGGAUCAAGCUGUAUGCCGCCUUGGGUCAUUUCGCACGCGUCUUCGACAGUAGCUCAGGCACAGAACUUUAUAGCUUCCAGCACACUCAUCCGCUAAUUUCCGUUGCGCUUUCACCCAAACACAAUGUACUGGCAUGCGUGGGCAUAGGAGGCAUUGCACGACUAUGGGAUACAAAGUCUCGUCAGCUACUCGGUCAGCCAUUUAAUCAAGAAGACGGGAUCCCUUUGUGUGUGGCAUUCUCUCCGGAUGGCAAAUACGUAGCAUAUGGAGGAACGAACAACACAGUCACUUUGUGGGUGGUAAAAGAGAUAGCUCCAGAACUUCCAGUACGUGCUUUCACAACCAUAAUUUUGAGUGACAAGCUACACAGCAGGAAACUUGUCCUUAGUCGCCACCGUCAUCUUGUCUCGAAGUCGAUGCUACAAUUCCUUUUACACAGUCAGAGAGUGAUAAUUUUCUUCAGAAUGCUCACAUAUGUUCCGCUCGCCACCUCUGGAAUAUUCUCAUCCCUUCUCGACGUCGUCCGACAGAAAGUGGGUCCAUUGAGCUGCAUCAACGCCCCAAACGCAGUUACUUUGGGCGCCACUCGGGAUCACAGUCUGUAA